UUUCGAGCCGCUUGAGAUUCCUUAGGAGCACUACUUACCCAGCCAAUGCGAGGAUCCGUUAUCGCCAUAACGGGGGACUGUUGACAGUUGAAUAUGCGCGAUUGCAAACCGUCGCUGGUCGAAAACGCGCGAGCAAUGCCAUUUUGUAUGUUUCUCAGUUGACCCAAUAUCUGGAAGAAGAUAGAGACUGUGUCGUUCAAUCGGGAGGUUGGCCGGUCGUGUCUCGAUAGGCAAACUGCGAGUACCCCGCAUCACCGUAGCUUCGGCCGUCCUCCCGAUAAAACGCGGUAUAAUAACUUGCGUUCGCUAGAAGAAACAAUUUACAUCUAACAAGUAUCGACCAAGCACUGGGUUCAAACAAGCAAAAAUGACCUCCCUUCCUCACGUUCCCCCAGCCGGCAUCUGGGUCCCCGUCGUCACACCCUUCAACCACGAGAACGACACUAUCGAUGUGGAGAGCUACAAAAAGUACUGCGCCUAUCUCGCUCAACAACUCACCGGUCUCGUUAUCCUUGGUACCAAUGCAGAGGCAUUCCUUCUCACGCGCGAUGAGCGCACCCAGGCCAUCCGCACCGCUCGAGAAGCCGUCGGUCCAAACUACCCCAUCAUGGCCGGUGUCGGCGCACACUCCACAAAGCAAGUUCUCGAACUGGCCAACGACGCUGCAGAGGCAGGAGCAAACUAUCUCCUUGUUUUACCCCCAGCCUACUUUGGAAAAGCCACAACGCCCUCGGUAGUUAAGCGGUUCUUCGCCGAUAUCACAGCCAAAGCGCCCUUGCCCGUCGUCGUGUACAAUUUCCCUGGUGUGACAAAUGGAGUGGAUAUCGACUCGGACACUAUCGCUGAGAUAGUACGGGCGUCUGCAGCUGCAUCUCCAAAUGGAAAGAGUAACGUCGUGGGCGUGAAACUCACAUGCGCUCAGGUCGGGAAGAUAACCCGUUUGACGGCAGCGUUCGGGCCCGAUGAGUUUGCGGUGUAUGGAGGACAAUCCGACUUCCUUAUUGGUGGAUUGUCUGUUGGAUCUGCGGGCUGCAUUGCUGCUUUUGCAAACGUUGUGCCCAAGACGAUCAUGCGAAUCUAUCAGCUGUACAAGGGAGGAAAGGUGGAGGAAGCCCUCGCCUUGCACCGGAAAGCAGCCUUGGCAGAAUCACCAUGCAAGAGCGGAAUUGCAUCGACCAAAUUUGCCGCAGCAAUUGUGUCGGCCUCUAGAGCUGGUGUCGAGAACGCAGAGGAAAAGUUCAAGCCGAGGACUCCAUACGAAGAGGCCGGGGAAGCAGCCAAGGCCAAUGUGAGGGAGGUCAUGGCUGAAAUCAUAGCUAUCGAAGACACCCUAUAGAUCAAUCAAUCUAACAUAUGAUCGUCUGUUAAGUAACCAGAUAUGGAUGAUCAUAGUGCUCCAUGAGUCACCAUAUUUCAUUCUCGGUAACUGCAUGCGCAACCCAGUCAACAUCCCCCGUGUCGAUCGACUCAGCUACGGCCAUGAUUUCCGCAGUUGUCAGCCCGCCGCUCAGGCCAGGAAGUUCAGGAUAGGGCGGGGGUAACGGAGACGACUCGAACCCGAGGAGAUCUGUUUUCCUCGUUGAAUCGACAAUCUGGAGCUGUCGAUCUGGUACGAGCUGGCUCAGUAGGCUAUCCAACUGCUCGAGCUCGGCUUUUCGAAAUCGUGCGAUAAGGUUCCCGCGGGUAAUCAUAUCAUCCAGUAUCAAACAGCUCUUCUGUAACCAUGGUGUCCGGUUGUCCAAGAGAUUGGAAUCGAUCGCUGGGGCCAUCAAUAGGACCACGCUAGAGACAAAAGUAGACUCAAGGUCAAAUGGAAGGAAACUGUC